CAUCUUUUAAGAGUUUUAGUUUGAAGCGGCUUUUGCCUUGUCAUUAAGAAAAAAACAUGGAAAUUUGGUGUUAGUUGUGGCGUAAGUUUUCAUCAACUCAGCAUUCAUUAACUAACAAUCAUUAAGAUGUCACACAUGACCUAACAAGUCCCACAAGCCACCUUUUACUUGCUCUAAUUAGCAACCCUUUCUGUAUACUAUUAACAUCAAAUAUUCAACAAAUGUCCAUGAUGAUGCUUAAGAUGUUAAGUUCCUGGAAUUGGAGAACUCGUGUUCGGCUCUCAGUUUUCGUUGCAGCUGCUUUGCUACUUUUAGUGGUAGGAUUCCUCUGUAGCAGAUUUGAUGAUGAUCAGUACAGGACGUUGAUGAAUAAUAUUCCAGAUGAUCACUCAAACAUAGACACAUCGACAACUAUAAAGAUGAUCCAUCCGUCAAAAGGACGGCCAGGUGAUCCACCAAUCCUGGCUUAUUGGAUUUUUGGUUUUAGAGGGGAAAGUAAAAGAAUGUUGAGGCUGUUAAAAGCGGUGUAUCACCCAAGAAACCAGUACCUAUUGCACCUUCUCGAUGGAGAUGGAGAUGAAGAGAGGAUGGAAUUAGCUGUUUCAGUUGAAUCUGAACAAGUGUUUCGAGCAUUUGGGAAUGUGAACGUUGUUGGUAAAAGUUAUGCUGUGGAGGAAUCAGGCGCCUCUGCUCUUUCCGCUAUGCUUCAUGCCUCCGCCUUGCUCCUUCGAAUUAGUCCCCUAUGGGACUGGUUUUUCACCUUAAGCUCUUCCGACUACCCUCUUUUUACUCAAGAUGAUAUGUUAUUUGCUCUCACUUCCUUGCCAAGGGAUCUCAACUUCGUAGGCUUCACCAAUAGGACUAUUGAUCGAAACAGGCAACACAACUUCAAUCGGAUUGUUGUUGACCCCAGCCUACAUUUGAAACAGGCUACUCCCCUUUACUAUGCUGUAGAGACUAGAGAAGUACCAACAACAUUUGAUAUAUUCCAAGGUUCUCCAUGGAUGGUAUUGAGCAGAGGAUUUAUGGAGCAUUGCAUCAAAGGUUGGGACAAUUUCCCUAGGAAGUUACUUAUGUACUACGCCAACGUAGUGUCACCUCUAGAAUCCUACUUCCACACUGUACUAUGCAAUUCCCCAGAAUUUAGAAACACAAUAGUAAACCAGGAUCUCAGGUACUCCGCGCCAAUAAAUGUUUCAAACUACUAUGACAAUCUUGUGAACAAAUGGGCAAUAUUUGCUAGGCCAUUUAAAGAAGGCGAUCCUACUUUAGACGAGCUAGACAGGGAUAUCCUAGAUCGCCAGCCCCAUGGGCUGGUGCGCGGGAAAUGGUGCAAUAAUGGAGGACACAAUUCUUCUUCUUGUAGUUCUAAUUCCAGUACUAAUUGGGAUGACAUUGAUUCAUUAGAUCCUGGAUUUUAUGGCCAAAAACUUCAGAAUAAUCUGUCCAAUUUUACUGUUGGAGACCAUUAUAUGGUAACCAAACAUUGUCAUGGCAAUUCAUCUUAAUAUAUAUACUCCAUAUUUGUUUCCAAA